CAAUCAGUGUCUAGACGUUGAGCCAGAAUUUAUUGGUGUGAAGCGGUGCAGUUUUGGCUUGACCAAGUGGACUGCUCGGAGGUGCUUUGGUCAAGCAAGAGUGGCCAAUUCAUCCAAGAUUAUGAUUGAAAUGAGUAGAAAUAGGAUUGGCUGGCGGUGGUUUGUUUUGAUCGGUGCUGCUGAGUAUGACGCUGAAUUAAACCACAAUGCAGUUUUAGAGUUGCAAGCG